AUGGCAAGGCGGAGGGUGAAGUUGGCGUUCAUCGAGAACGAGGGCACCCGGCGGUCGACCUUGAAGAAGCGGCGGAGCGGCCUGAUCAAGAAGGUGCAGCAGCUGAGCGUGUUGUGCGACGUGGACGCCUGCUUGCUCAUCUACUCCCCCGGAGAGGAGGUGACCACGUGGCCGGAGCCGGUGGACGCCCGACGCGUGGCGCUGCGCUUCAAAGGCGUCCCCCACUGCGGGCGCGAGAGGAAAAUGGUGGACCACGUGGCCUUCCUCCAGCAGCGCCUCGCUCUGCUCAGGGACACCCUCCGGCGGAGGCGCCGCGAGAACAGGGAGAUGGAGCUGCGGUCGAUGAUGUUCGAGAGCAUGUGGGACAACGGGAAGAUCGAUCAGCUCAGCACGGUGGACGCCGCCGCGCUGGCCGUGAUAGUGGACGGCAAACUGCAGGAGCUGUACGAGAAGAGGGAGGAGGCGAUGAGGAGGCUGGCCAUGGCCCAACCGCAGCCGCAGUCGUUGCAGCCUUCGCCGGCAGAUUCAGAAGAUCCUCUGGGGAUGAUUCUCCGGAAGACUACAGAGAGGAGGAGCGACUACGAUGAUAUCAUGGUCGUCCCGGCACCUCCACCUCCACCGCCGCCGCCGCCGUCGAUGGAUGAGAAUCCUCUGGGGAUGGUGCGGCGGCAGGAGACGUUUCUGUCUUUAAGAAAUUCCCAGUUCGGGGAAUGGAACUACAGCAUGUUCUCCGAUUAUCGUCGACUAUAGAUAUCAUUAUAUUUCAUGCAAAAUAAAACCAUUCCAAUCAAAAUU